GUCAGGUGGGGAGGGAGAAGAAAGGAGCGUAGGGAAAAGGAGCAAAAGGCAAACAACGGAAACGGAGAACGGCGGAGCAAUUGCCUGAAUUUAAAUUAAACAAGAAUAUAGUUGCUGAGAGAAAAGAAGAAACCAAGAUGAUAACGCCCUACUUCCUAGAGAAUUUCUGGGGCGAAAAAAACAAUGGAUUUGAUGUUCUCUACCAUAACAUGAAACAUGGCCAAAUCUCCUCCAAGGAACUUACUGAUUUCAUCAGAGAAAGGGCUACCAUAGAAGAGGUCUAUGCCAGGUCAAUGACCAAACUUGCCAAGUCAGCUGGCAACUUCUCUCAGCUUGGGACAUUUGCCCCGGUGUGGGAUGUGUUUAAGAUGUCCACAGAGAAGCUGGCCAGCUGCCACCUGGAGCUAGUGAGGAAGCUACAGGAGCUUAUCAAAGAUGUGCAGAAGUAUGUGGACGACCAGGCCAAGGUCCACAAAAAGACGAAGGAGGAGGUGGCAUCCACUAAUGGGGCAGUACAGACCAUCCAGACAACCGGGGUGGCCUUACAGAAGUCCAAGGAGAACUACAACGCCAAAACUGUGGAUCAGGAGAGACUCCGCAAGGAGGGAGCCACACAGAGAGAAGUGGACAAGGCGGGAGUGAAGGCCAAGAAAGCCACAGAAGCCUACAAGGGCCUUGUGGAGAAAUACGCCACAGCCAAGUCCGAGUUUGAACAGAAGAUGGCUGAAACUGCGCAGAAAUUUCAGAACAUCGAGGAGAGCCACAUCGUUCACAUGAAGGACAUCAUUCAGUCGUACGCACAAUCUGUUGACGAGACACACGUUCAGAUCGGAGAGGUCCAUACAGAGUUUUUGAGGAACAUGGAGAACACCUCUGUGGAGGGCUUGAUACAGAAACUGUCUGAAAGUAAAGGAACGGGCAAAGAGAGACCAGGUCCUAUUGAGUUUGAGGAGUGCAACACUGCCAUCGCCACUGAAGGAGCCAAACCCAGAAAGAGAAAAACAUAUGCGUUCCCUGGCCGCCGGAAAGACAACAAGGACACAGACUCCACGGAGUCGACAGAAGUUGAAGCUGCUAAUAAUGCCAACGGAGCUCCUCCUGGGUACUAUGGCACCAUAGACUUCCAGAACGCUAAUGUCCCCACGGUUGACGAAGAUGGCUUCUGUAUCAGACCGGAAGACCGCAACGAAAAUGAUGCCAAAGAGAACUCGUUCUAUUCAUCGAGUGACUCGGAGGACGAGGAUGAACCCAGGAAGUUCCGCGUGGAGAUCAAGCCGGUGGCGCCCAACAACGGGACGCACCAGAGCCGAGCCACCAUCGACGAACUCAAGGCCUCCAUCGGAAACAUCAGCCUGUCGCCACCAACCACGGGUCAGAUGCGAAGGAAUCAAUCCAGGCUUUUAGGAGUGUAUUCCACCCCAGGGUUAGGCUCUCAGAUGCCAGGCGAUGAGUUGGGAAAGACCAGGAUUCCAGUGUCUUUCAACGACAGUAGGCCUGCUUUCAAUAAUGACCUUCUCUCUCUGGAUCCUUUCGGCCCGACCCUGGGAGGCUCCUCCUCAUCGACAGUCCCUGCCCUGGCCAGACCCAAUACUCCUCUAGCUGGAGCCCUGGUGCCUCCUCCACGACCCUCCUCCAGACCCAAACUACCCACAGGAAAACUCACAGGAAUCACUGAAAUUGUGCGGCCGUUCAGCCCGCCAAAGACGUUGUCCAACGCCAGUCUUCCUCUGGCUGCUCCCCUCGCCCGGGCAGAGAGCUCCUCCUCCCUGUCCUCCACCGCCUCUCUCAGUGCCUCCAACACACCCACCGUGGGGUCUGAGCAUACCUUUCGUCUCUCCCGCUCCUCUCCGGAACCAGAGUUCCUCCUUUCUCCCUCUCCUCUGUUUCUCCUCAGCCAAAAGGAUGAUGGUUUCAUUGGGAAGCUGCCCACCUUUGAGAAGCGCUGUGAAACGCCUGCAGGGACAUCUCGCGGUCCCAGCCCGGUGACCCUGGCAUCCCAGGAUGCCUUGCCCAUCGCUGUGGCCUUCACAGAGUCUGUUAAUGCCUACUUCAAAGGAGCUGAUCCCACUAAGUGCAUAGUAAAGAUCACUGGUGACAUGACCCUGUCCUUCCCCAUGGGUAUCAUCAAGGUGUUCACCAGUAACCCCUCCCCUGCCGUGCUCACCUUCAAACUGAAGAACACGUCCAAACUGGAGCAGAUCCUCCCCAAUCAGACACUACUGUUCAGUGAUCCCUCGCAAAGUGACACUAAUACCAAGGACUUUUGGUUCAACAUGCAAGCUCUCACAUCCUACCUCAGGAAAGCAUCAGAGCAGAACCCUGCUGCAUCCUACUACAAUGUGGACAUCCUCAAAUACCAGGUGUCCUCUAAUGGGAUCCAGUCCACCCCUCUGAACCUGGCAGUGUACUGGAAGUGUACCCCUACCACUACUGACCUGAGGCUGGACUACCGUUACAACCCAGAGUCCAUGCUCUGCCCCGGCCCUCUUUCCAACGUACAGGUCCUAGUGCCUGUAGACGGAGAGGUCAUCAACAUGCAGUCCCUGCCCAAUGCUGUCUGGAACUCAGAGCUGAAUAAGUCUCUAUGGAAGCUGAGUGAUAUCUCAGAGAAGUCUGAUAAUGAAGGCUCGGGGUCUCUGAGGGCUAAGUUUGAGCUGUCGGACGGCCCUUCCACCCCAACCACCCUGGCUGUGCAGUUUAUGAGCGAGGGGAGCACCCUGUCAGGGGUGGACAUGGAGCUGUUGGGAGCCGGGUACAGACUGUCCCUCAACAAGAAGAGGUUUGCCACAGGUCGUUACAUGGCAGACUGUUGAGUAGGCACACCGGCCUGGACCCCCAAGCACAACGGCUCUAUUGAAAGUUUUUAUUUUUCAAUAGUUUAGUCUUUUUUGUCAUAUUUAUGUAAAGGGAGGGUUAGAGGGGAGAGGUGCAAGCAAAUACAACAGGUUUUUGUGACACAUCCAGACAUUUUGUAAACAGUCUUAAUAUUAUGUCCCAAUGGACCCAUCUGUCCCCAGGAAGAGAUAAGAGAGCUUCUUACUGCAGUAAAGCAGCACUGAGUAUUGAACACUGUUUUUUUUUAAAUAAUACAAUUAAAAUAAACAUUGGGCUGUCAGGAAAUGUAAAGGUAUAGAUAUUGAGAAGUGUAAUGCUUUCUGAUUUAAUUCAGACUUUUAUAAAGUCAGAAUCGUAGUGUUUUGUUAUGUAUAGGUGACAAUGUAUGGCUUAUAUAUAAAUAUAUAUAUAUAUUAUAUCAACAACAACAAAAAAAAUGGGAAAAAAUUCUGCACUAACAAUCUUUCCGGACAUUUUAUUUUCUCCUUUGUAAAUGUUCUGUUUAUUCCACUGAAGCUCUUGAGUAACAAAGAUUUUGUGUAAAACAGUGAGAAGAGAAGAUGUGAGAAGAGGAGUGGAAAGGCCAAACUAUCUUCCCUCACCCCCCUCUCCUUCUCUUCUCCAGUCGAAAUACGGUCGCUGAUGAAAUACGGUCGCUGAGUAUUGUACUUUGCAAGACUUAACUCGAGAUCUCUUUUUACAGAUUUUUCUUUCUGGGCUCUUUCUAUUCUGAUUGUGUGCAAUGAAGAAAUUUAAGUAGAAGCUGUCUUAAACUAAACACCUUCUCUAAAACUGUCAUAGCACAAGCUUAAUUGGUUGUAUGUUGCUUCAGACAACCAUACAAAGUACAUUUUAAGUUCUCUCGUUCAAAGGCAAAAAAACAAUUUGUGUGCUGCACGUUUCGUCACAAUAUUGUUUUGAACAUUGGUUUUAGGACUGAUGCCCGACUGAUCAUUCCACUCAAUGCAUUGUCAAUUGGUGCUGAUGAAUAUUUAAUCAAAAGUGCAUUACAGUGGCUUGGAAAUAUAAUUACAUUACUAAAAGAAGGAAAAUAAUUAGUAGGAAAACCUUUUGUCAACAUUUUGAUCUUGCUAUAUUGACUUUCCAUAUUGACUAGAUGCAGUGUAAUGUUUGCUGGCUCAAAUUGAGAGGAAUCCAUCGGAUGGCUAACAUUAGCAUUGCUAGCUAUUUUUGACGAACUGUGCUAAGUAAUAACAACAUUUCCAUCUGCAUAAAGUACAUUUGACAACAUCAUAAUGAUGGCAAAGUUGUUUCUUACUAAAUAUUUGCCUACUUUAGAAAUGUCAUCGUAUUUCCAUGCCACUAUAGUGUAAUUUAGACAAAACAGUCAUUAGCCUACAUUCUACUUUUGGAUAUCAAUAUGGCUGUGACGUCUAGAACAUUGAUAACAAUGGCAAUGACACGGCCGAGUGACAGGCGCAACCCAUACUGAACUGACCUCAGUGCCUCUUCUUACUGUGGAUAAAUUCAUUGAGAAACGUGCCUUUCUUUUCUUUUCUUUCUGCCUUUUUGUAUGUUAAAAAACACGGCUAACAAAAAAGAAAGCACUAAUCUUGUGCCAGUUGUUGUUUUAUAAUAGUACUGUUUUUGACAUUGAAAGGAAAAUGCCUCCAGUUUCUACACCAGUCAAACCCAAAGGCAUCUGUCUUCCAGAAACCACUGAUCCAGUGGUUUCCAGUGAUCCAUCUCACUGUCUCAGUUCGCUCUUUGCUACGAUGUCAUCUUUGAAAGUCUUUUCUAUCUGGGGUAUUUUUCUUCUCUUUGAUCAGAGAGAGAUCUUUGUUCCCAAAAAGCCUUCUGUCCAUUUAAGAGCACUGGACAGCCUACUGACCUAGCUUCUUAAUCAAAAUGAGGCCAAAUCAAUUCUAGAAAUGCCUUAAGAAAAUAUACCUUGACGUCUGUUGAUGACGGUAAUAAUAUGCUACCCAGUUGGGAUAGGUUACAUACUAUAACUGCCAUGUUUGCCUGUGAGGAGAGAGACAGACAAAGGUUCUUGGUGCUGACUCGAUGUCAUACUGAGUGAUUCAUUCUUGCCUUAUAUACCAAGGGAGGACCAGUAUCUAGAUGGGCUACAUCUCCUAGAUGGAGGGAUAUGCAUGCACGUUAUGUAGCAGUUAGUUCUAUCAAUAUCACAAACAUGUUUUUGUAUGCCUUUUUCAUCCAAUGCCUCCUCCCCAAAACCAUUAUUUUGACAUAGGUAAAUGAUCAGUACUGUAAUGUCAUUACAAACAGUGAUAAUGGGCACAUCAGCAACACUGUGAUUGUGGACUAUUUUCUAAAGGCCCCUCUAGGCAUUGUAGGUUACUUCAAUACUAGAUUUGUACUGUUACUGUCCAUCCUGUAUGUGGCCAUCUGACCACUGUAUCCUUGUAGACAUCUGGUCUUUGGAACAGUUAGGGUUUGAUACUGUUAACGUUCUUGCUGCUUCUGAAAUGACAGCCUAUCCCCCACAGUAUAUAGUUCAAUUAUUUUGUUUAAUAGUAGUGCACUAUGGAAUAGUGUGCCAUUUCAGAGGCACUAUGAGUAGAUCUGGUUAAUCCUAGCCUUUCGCUAACUUGUAUAAAAAGAUGCCUUUCGUCACAUCGCAUCGCUUACUAGUUAAUAUGUAAUCCGCCUAUAGAGAUAGAUAGGACUCAUCUCCAUAUAUCCAUCUAGACUCCUCUAUCUAUCUCUAUGUAUCUCUGUAUCCAAAAUAUCCUCAAAAUGAAACUGUUCAGUACAACAACAAAAUAGUUAGUCCAUGUGGCCACAGAAUUUAAUAACUAUGAGAAAGAAGUAAUUAUUGUUUAACAAUGUUGAUGUUUAAAAUAUUAUUUGUUUUGUACACAGUACGAUUCGGUCAAGAUUUUGUUUUGUAAGGGCAUGGAUUCAUCUGAAUCACCACUGUUUUAUUGGAAAUUUUUAAAUUGUAUGUGCAAUUUUUUUUUAAGAUUAGAUUUGCAACCUUCAGUAGCAUUGUAGAGGCAGAUACUUACUUUAGUUGUAUGAUGGGUAAAAUAAUACACAAAAAAACUCUUUAUUUAAAUCUCUUCAAGAACACUAUAUGACACCAUACUGUCCCAACCAAAUGAUGUGAGGUUAUUCUGAAUGGAGUUUACUCAACUAAAGCAUUAUCAUGCAAAACAAAUGUAGUAGGUGAGAAAAGUUUAGAGAGGAACAACGUAUUUUUGUGGCGUUCUCCUUUAAACAGCACAGGCUACUCUCGAUUCACCCCUUUGAUCAGAGAAAUCCCACACAGAAACGGGAAUAUAUAUGCAACGUAUAUUUAGCAAGCUGGUUCUUGCUGUCUCUACAUAACACCCUGUGUUUUUUUCGGGGGGGGGCUUGUCAUUAUGGUAAUUCUUUGUAUGUAUGUCUGUCAAAAGGAUAGUUGAAAAAGCAAAAUUGUGUGUAUAUGAUUUCUCAUGAAAUGUACAUUUUUACAAAUAUCUCAGCCACUUUUUUCUGUUCUUCUCUUCAUGAUCGAUCUCAAUAUGCCUGUAUUAAAUGUGUAAUAUAUGAAUAUAUACAUGUGUAUAUAAAAAUGACUACUUAAAAUGG